CUCGCUGCGCCGGAACACGCUGGAAUUUUCCUUUCGUUGGAAGCGUCGGCGUGCGCCUAAGUGGCACUUUCACUCUUCCACUUCACUAACAUCGUGUACCGGCCUAUAACGGCUAACAAGUAACAGUCGCCUAGCAGCAGUCGUGGAGGAUAGUGUCUGUUGCUGGUGCGAAUACGAGUGUGUGUCGUAGUUCAGUGUACCAUAUAGGCCCUAGUUUGGUUUUCUUCAGUUGCUACCACGUUAUUAUCACGAGUAGAACUUUGCAAUAAUGCAUCGCAACAGAAAUAACAGAAGUAACGGUGGCGGUGGCAGCGGAUUCGGUAGCGGCAACAGCAACGGCGUUCGCGAGUUCAACUUGCCGAGACGUGGUGACCGUGGUGCAACCUUUAACAGAUUUGGCAAUGGCAAUAAUGGCCCAGCAGCAGCCCCUACGCAAGCAGCAGCACCCGACGCCGCCGCCGCAGCCGUAAAUCAGCGAGCCAACGAGUGCAUAGUCGAGACAAUUCAGGUGGAACCUCCUACUCUGGAAAUCGAAAGGAGAGAAAACACCCAAACUCCUGCCGAAGACUUUCCUCCAGAACUGUUGAUUAAACAUCCGCUUCAGAAUACCUGGACUCUUUGGUAUUUUGAGCUUGACAAGAGCAAGUCAUGGGAAGAAAGUCAACGCGAAAUCACUAGCUUUGAUACGGCUGAAGAUUUUUGGAGUAUGUAUCAUCAUAUCAAAACAGCAUCAGAACUCAAAAAUGGAUGUGACUACAGUAUGUUCAAACAAGGCAUUCGGCCCAUGUGGGAAGACAAAGCUAACAAACAAGGAGGCAGAUGGCUCAUUAAUUUGGAUAAGAAGCAGAGAUCAACUGAAUUAGAUCAUUUUUGGCUAGAAAUAUUGUUAUGUAUGAUUGGUGAAGGAUUCAAUGAAUAUUCUGAUGACAUCUGCGGUGCCGUGGUUAAUGUGAGACCCAGAGCAGAUAAAAUUGCUGUUUGGACAGGUGACGCUAGCGUUCAAGCUAGUGUAAUGGAAAUUGGACGAAAACUAAAAGAACGUUUGAAGAUCACACCCAAAAUAACUAUAGGAUAUCAAGUUCACAAGGACACAAUGGUGCAAAAGGGAAGUACGACUAAGAACACAUAUGUGAUCUAAGGUGAAAGUGCAACUGUCAAUGCAUUAUAAUUUAUACUGUUUUCUUUGUUAUUUCUGAUAAUACCCAAUUACUGACUGGAAUCAGAAGCUGGUAGUUAAGAAAUUAAAACUAAUUGGGAUUACUAUAAACAUAAAUUACUUUUUCCAAAUGUUUAGUAUAGUAAUAAAAAUAUGAAAAUAUAACCGAAAGUAAUAAAAAUGAUUGCUGAAUGAUGAUUUAGUAUAAAAGAUGUACGAAUAUUUAAUAUGUACUAUAUACAAAUGAGUAUGUUUGGUGAGAUUGGCGCAGGUUGCUGUAUUACCAUUUCUGUCAAAUUCAACAGAUGUUUUAGUUUGAUUUUAGUUAGCAGCUUGCGUUUUCAUUUCGAUAGUUUAUAAGGAAAUAGUUAAAAGUGAAAAAUACACAGCAAUCUGUUCAUUAAUUGUUAUUCGCAUGCUACAUAAUAACUGAUUAGAUAUGCAUCGUACAUCCAUUUUUUCAUAGUUCAUAUGUAACUCAGUUUUCUAUGUAAAUUAUACUUAAAGUACUGCGAAUAAAUACUUCUUUAUAUAUAAA